AUGGAUGAUAGAGUUAUAUUAAAAAUUUAUUGUUAUGGACAGAUUUUGUUAGAAACAUAUGAGGGAGUUCAAUUUGUAUGUCAAAAUCUAGUAGAUAUUGUUAUUCCGUUCACAUUGUCAUUUGAUGAAUUGAAAGGUGUGAUUUGUGAGAAGAUACAUUCAGAAAGAUCAGAAAGAAUAUCGUGUAUUUUGUACAGGUAUCCUUUACCUGUGUUUGGUGGAUUCGUCCAUUUUCAGACGAAAUACGUGACAAAUGAAGCGAGUAUGCAGGAAAUGUUUUCAAUGUAUAUUGAGAAUCGCCGGCGAAUAUCGUGCAUCGAGUUGUAUAUUGAGUUCGAGCAAUUUGAAGUGGACCGAAAUAUUGAAGUCGAAGAUUAUGAUAGUGGUAGCGAUGAGGAUUUUGAAAGUAACUAUGAGAUCGUUGGUCCAGGUGAAAACGAAGAUGGAGCUGACGGCCCCAUGAACCCAGAUGUGGCGGAGGUUGCUAAUGCACUAGCAAACUCGCUUCCGUUUCAGGAGCCUUCUUUCAUGCGGUCGUUGGAUUUGGAAGCGAUGAAUGCAGCUGAGUUUCCGCAAUAUAUGAAUGCAGAGCUUCCUGUUGUGGCCGACGGUGAAUUUACGGUGGGGAUGGAAUUCAAUUCAAGGGAGGAAGUAAUCAAGGCAAUGAAAGACUAUACCAUCCGUAGAGGGGUAGACUAUCGGGUUUAUGAGUCGAAACCGACGACAUUCUAUGCUAAAUGUACACAUUAUGGCAAAGGUUGUGAUUGGCUUAUCAGGGUUACGAAAAUGCAGAAGAAGUACUGCUGGGAGAUAAGGAGGUACAAUGGUAGUCACACUUGUACCCGGUCGAGAAUUUCUCAAGACCAUUCGAAACUGGACUCCAAGACAGUUGCAGAAGCAAUUAAGCCGUUGGUAGAGGUUGACCCAUCUUUGAAGGUGAAAUCAGUCAUUACAGAAGUCCAGUCAAAGUUUAACUACACCAUCAGCUAUAGGAAAGCUUGGUUAGCAAAGCAGAAGGCGGUUGAGUCAAUUUUCGAAGGUUGGGAGGCAUCGUAUGAAGCUUUACCCAUAUGGUUUGAGGCCAUGUGUCACAAGGAGCCGUCAGCAGUGGUUCACUUUGAAACAAUGGAUGCGUACCAGGGGGAUGACUUGGUUCCUGAUAUCCGUGUACUACAUAGAGUCUUCUGGAGUUAUUACCCUUGUAUUAGGGCCUUCAGACAUUGCAAGCCAGUAGUGCAGGUGGACGAGACUCAUUUGUAUGGUAAAUACAAGGGUUGUUUAUUGGUUGCAGUCUCACAAGAUGGUAAUAACAACAUCGUGCCUAUUGCAUUUGCCAUAGUGGAGGGGGAAACCUCUGAUGCAUGGUACUUUUUUCUAAGUAACCUUCGUCAACAUGUGGUCACACGUGAUAGUGUCGGACUUAUCUCUGAUCGACACGAUUCUAUCAGGUCAGCUAUUGAUCGGAGUAAUGGGGCUUGGUCUCCUCCCAGAGCUUUUCAUAUGUUCUGUAUCCGGCAUAUUGAGUCGAAUUUCUUGAGGAAGUUCAAGGCACCGUACUUGCAGAAACUCAUCGUCAAUAUCGGGUAUUCGAAGACGAUACGGGAGUACCAGAUGCGCUAUGAACGAUUAAAAGAACGGGGUGAGGCUUACACCAACUGGCUUGACCGCAUCCCACGUGAGUAG